UCUCGCGAGAUGAUGUCGGCGGCGGCGGUUGCUCGUCAGUGUCUGCUUGGCCUCCGACGAGCGGCGCCCCCUCUUCCUCCCCUCCUGAGCACGCGCGCUCCGUACCGCUCCCGCCGGCGCGGCGCGCGGAUGGCCUCGUCGGGUGACGACGCGCCGCGGCCCAGCACCACCGUCGCGGUGCCCGGCGCCGCGGGCCCCGUCCGCGUCGUGGCCGCGCGGGGCCUCACCGAGGAGGGUUUCACGAGGGCGGUGGAGUCCGCGCUGUUCAGGCAGUGGCUGAAGAACCUGCAGGAGGAGAAGGGGGUGCUCACCCACGGGAGGCUCGACCUGAGGCAAAUCCUCAUCCAGGGGAUCGACAUGUUUGGGGAACGCGUGGGCUUUGUGAAGUUUAAGGCUGACAUCGUCGACGAGGAGACCAAAGCUAAGGUUCCAGGAAUCGUGUUUGCAAGAGGACCUGCUGUUGCUGUGUUGAUUCUCUUGGAGUCUAAAGGGCAAACUUAUGCUGUUCUUACAGAACAGGUUAGAGUUCCUGUUGGAAAAUUUAUACUGGAACUACCUGCUGGGAUGCUAGAUGAUGAAAAAGGUGAUUUUGUUGGCACUGCAGUCCGUGAGGUUGAAGAAGAAACUGGUAUUAAGCUAAACUUGGAGGACAUGGUUGAUCUUACUGCACUACUGAACCCUGACACUGGAUGCAGGAUGUUUCCUUCACCUGGUGGCUGCGACGAAGAGAUUGGCCUGUUCCUGUACAGGGGUCACGCCGACGAGGACACCAUUACGGCUCUCCAAGGGAAGGAGACCGGGCUACGCGACCAUGGCGAGCUGAUCAAGCUGCGGGUGGUGCCGUACAGCCAGCUGUGGCGCUCCACCGCCGAUGCCAAGGCGCUCAGCGCGAUCGCCCUGUACGAGAUGGCCAUGAAGGAAGGCCUCCUGCCGUCGUCUCCGAGGACCUCUCGCCGCCGGGGCAGCUCGCCGACGGCCAACUUGUAAGAGCCGUGCGUUUUGUCACAAUAGCUAGACAUCGCUGGAGUCUGUUACUUGAAUACAGCAGCAAGAUGGGCGACAUGUGUAAAUGACUAAUUCCAUUUCCAUUUUGCAUGACAUGCAUUGGACAGUCAGACGCUCAGAAUUGUCCAAAGAUGACAAUACUGAACUUCUAUAUGAGACAGUACAUUUUUCA